AUGACGCUGGUCAGUCAAGCUGGGAAAGCAACAGCAGUAGCAACAAGCACCAACACCAUCAAUGCCAGCACCAACGUCAACACCAAUGUCAACACCAACGCUAACACCAAUACCAAUACCAACAUCAACACCAUCAUCAAAAGCAACGCCAAAACCAGUACCAACACCAUCACCGACAUAAACAUCAACACCAACGUCAACACCAAUACCAAUACCAACACCAACACCAUCAUCAACAGCAACGUCAACAGCAGUACCAACACCAUCACCAACACAAACAUCAACACCAACGUCAACACCAAUACCAACACCAACACCAUCAACAGCAACGUCAACACCAGUACCAACACCAUCACCAACACCAACAUCAACAGCAACGUUAACACCAAUACCGAUACUAACACCAUCACCAAACCAGUACCAACAACCAACGUCAACACCAAUACCAAUACCAACACCAAUACCAACAUCAACAGCAACGUCAAUACCAACACCAACGUCAUCACCAACACCAACAUCACCAGCAACCACCAACAACCAACGUCAACACCAAUACCAAUACCAACACCAACAACCAACGUCAACGUCAAUACCAACACCAACGUCAUCACCAACACCAACAUCAACAGCAACGUUAACACCAAUACCGAUACUAACACCAUCACCAAACCAGCACCAACAACCAACGUCAACACCACUACCAAUACCAACACCACUACCAAUAUCAACACCAAUACCAACAUCAACAGCAACGUCAAUACCAACACCAACGUCAUCACCAACACCAACAUCAACAGCAUUGUUAACACCAAUACCGAUACUAACACCAUCACCAAACCAGCACCAAAAUCCAACGUCAACACCAAUACCAAUACCAACACCAAUACCAACAUCAACAGCAACGUCAAUACCAACACCAACGUAAACACCUACAGUACACCAACCACAACAGCAACAUCAAUCGCAAAAUCAACAUGA